AUGACUGCAAAGCAGUUGGAACAGGAAACAGGAUGCAAAAUUAUGGUCCGAGGGCGAGGAUCAAUGCGUGAUAAAAAGAAGGAAGAGUUGAAUCGUGGUAAACCAAAUUGGGAGCAUUUAUCCGAGGAUCUGCAUGUGCUGAUCCAGUGCGAGGACACGCCUAAUCGAGCGCGGAUAAAGUUAGCGAGAGCUGUUGAUGAAGUCAAGAAACUUCUUGUGCCAGCUGUAAGUUUUUUGACUGCCUUUUGA